GUGCCAGAGCGGUGCCUGCUGGGCCAGGAGGUGAUCCUGCACUGCUCCAUGCAGGGGACGUUCCCCGAGGAUGUGGCCGUGACAUGGGAGAGAAUCUGCAGCGAGGACAGGACAGUGCCUGAGAGCGCUAGGAACCAAGAGAGCCCCGAGCACCAGCCGCUGCUCCCCGCCCUCCCCCCGGGCUGGAGAGCGACAAUGCAGAGGGUCCGGUGCGUCUUCCUCCACGAGGCCAAACGGAUUCGAGAGGAGCGAGUGUCCCCGGAGAUCCGGGUUUGGGCCCGGCCGCAGGUGUCUGAGAUCCAGGUGUUGCCGGAGUGGGACCCCCGCGACAAGGUGCCGUUUGCUGUCCAGCUCCACAACUUCUACCCCAGGGAGGUGCCCCUGAUCCAGUGGGGCUGGGACGGGGCCGGGAGCUGGAGGGAAGAUCCCGCGCAGAUAGACAGGAACGCGGACGGCACGUUCACCGCGACGAGCAUCUGGAGAGUGCCCAGCCGGAGCCUGACCCGGCCGGAGCUGCGAGUGCGAGUGUGCGUCCAGCACGGCCCCGGAGAGCCCCCGAGCGAGAGAGAGCUCAGCCUGAGGGCCGCGGGUCUCCUGCGGCCCCCGGAUGUGUCCGAAAUCUCCCAGCCCAAGUCCAUGGCCACGGGGAAGGGAGUCACCCUAAGCUGCCGCAUUGCGGGGCAUUUCCCGGGGGAGCUGAGCGUGACUUGGCUGCGGAGGGGCAAGGGGGAGGACACUGCUGUGAUCCUGCGCGACUCAGCUGAGUGCAGGGUGGAGCCCGGCACGGCCGUCCUGGCACGGGACGGGAAGAGCUUCCAGCAGGAGACCAGACUCACCCGCUGGACAUCCAGGGACCAGGGGUCAGAGUACAUCUGCCAUGUUGAACACCUCACCCUGGAGACCCCCAUCGAGAGGAGCAGUGGUUGCCAUCCACCCCCUCCAGACCUGGGGGAGGUCUUCCAUCCACAGGCCCCAGUCUCUGGAGAGCCAAUGUCCCUGAAGGGCCUUCUAUCACAGUUGUACCCCAGGCAGCUAGCAAUGACCUGGCUGCAAAAGAGAGAAAGAAGGAAGGAGCCCAGGCCACUGGAGAGCUCACCCCCACCACAACACAGGACCCACACCCCCAGCCGUGUGCCGGACAGGAAGUCCUACAGUGUAGACUCUGAGCUGAGCCUCCCCACGGUGGGGCCCGAGGAUGGUGUGACUGAUUACCAAUGUCAUGUGGAGCACGAGGCCCUGAAAAAGCCAAAGUCCAGCAGGGAGCUGCAGCUCAAAGGAGUGGAUCUAACUGGUGCCCGGCUGGAAUCAUCCUGGGAUCCUGAUCAUAGUGGGAGCCAUGGCUGCCAGAAACAUUUUUUGCUGUAUGAAGAGGAAAGCCUGUCAUCCGCACCCUCCAGACAUGGGGGAGGUCUCCCGCCCGCAGGCCCUGGUCCCAGGGCAGCCGGAGACCCUGCGGUGCCUGAUCUCGGGGUUCUACCUCAAGCAGCUGGAGGUGGCGUGGCUGUGAAAGGGAACAGGAGAGGAGGACCCCAGGCUUCUUGAGAGCUUUGGCCCCCACAGGAUCUACAUCCCCGCCCCCAGCCGGUCACCAGAUGUGAAGUCCUACAGCGUGGAGUCUGAGCUGCGCCUCCCCGCCGCGGGGCCCGAGGACGACGGGGUGGAGUACCUGUGCCGCGCGCAGCACGAGGCCCUGAAGAAACCCAAGUUCAGGGCCAGUGGGCAGCUGUGGCUCCAAGGUAGGAGCGUGCAAGCCGGGCAGCACAGGGGAGUCCACAGUGGUGACAGCCGGGGGAUGCUGUGCUCUGCACCCGGCACAUGGACCAGUUUGAGCAGACACCCCCUUGGACCGAGCUUCCUGCCAGUGGCUUUCAGGUGCAGGGGCCAAUUUCUGGGUGGUUUAGGAACAUCCCCUCCAGUCACCCCAGGAAGGCAGGGGUUAGCACUGACCACUAGCAGCCUGAAGGGGAAUAUGGGCUCCUGUCAUGGCCCAGUAUCACAAGUGAUGACAUGUGUGUCAGGGGACACUCCCAACCUCAGACUGACUCCCCCAGCUCCAAUCCCAUCUCCCAGCUGCAGAUUCCAUGUCCCAAGGAGCCGGCUUCAGCCUGGCACCUGCACUCCCCCACCCCUCCACCCCACCCAUGCCCCUGCAGGUGGGUGCAGCCUGCCACCCUGCCCCAGUCAUGGAGACGUCCAGAUGCUCCAAUUCUGCCAGGCAACUGGACCCACGCACCCGGGAUGGCAAGUCACAGGCUCCUCCCACUGGCUUUCUAGGUCAUUCAGAGACCACCAAAGCCUCAAACACUUGAGGAGGGAGGAGGCAGUGUCACCAGCGCCGCAUCUCUGCCGCCACUCAGGUGAUACCAGGGAUGGUGCCUGUUAGUGUAGUGGAAAGUAAGAUAAGAUAAGAUGCUGAAGGUCACAGACAUGCAGGAAAGGGGGCAACAAGAAUAUCCUGUAGAUAACAACCCUAGCAACACUUAGCAAUGACAAAGGGCACCAACGGUCAUAAUAGGGUGGGGAAAUAAAAGUGCCAUGUAGGGGAUAUCAUAGUAUGUAAAGCAGUAAACAGUAGACACAGGCGGGAUCAUAAGACGAGAGGGAAAAAGGCGGGAGAAGGGAGGGAACAAGGUGGGGUGUAUGUAAAUCCAGCUUAAUAAAAAACUGUUGUAAAAGAUACUCUGGGUCACUCCAGUUAUGAGUGUCCCAAGUGCUGCCAUGCUAUAAAGUUGCUUUGGGAAGCCAAUGAGUGUACUAGCCUGCUGCUAUCCAGUCGUUAGGCAUUGCAUGGAGUUGGGGUCUGACAGUGCCCACAGCUGGGCUGGGCUGCGGGAUCAGGUCACGGUUGGGACGCAGGGCCCAGGGUCUGGCUUGCAGCUUGGUCAUGGCUACAUCAUCCCCAGGCCUCUGCUGGUGGAGGCUGCUCCUGCCUCCCUCCCUCCAUGUGUGUCUGUGCUGUGGGGCUGGGGCCAUGUCUCACUCUCUUUCCAUGUGGGGCCCAGCACCG